UUUCGAGUACCAAACAUGCGCAAGUCUGCGGACCAACCUCCACACUUCUCCUAGUUUUCUGCUGCGACUACAAUCACCAGAAACUCAGUCCCAUGCUAUUGUUGAUGAUGGUUUGUUUCUUUUUCGAAGUGUGGGCAAAACCAGAACCGAUGCCCUGCUUUACUGCGUUUGCUUACUUCUCCAUUCUAUUCGUCUUUCUUACAAUUAUUCGAGCCAUCUACAACGACCCUCGCUUCAGGCCAAUUUGGGUCAUAAAAAUUCCAAACCCAUGCUCCUGGACAGAUUCUGGUGCAAGAUUGGGCUCUGCGGCAUCGGAGGCAGCAGCGCGAACACUGGAGCCGAGCUUGCGGGAGGUGAUGAUACUACCGCCCGUAUCCUGACCACUGCUCCAAACUUCGAUUUUCCAUUGAUCACGCCAACUCCCUCUCUAGAGAUUUCUACUAGUCGCUCGGCUGCCGCGGUGGUUGCCCCAGCUCAUAUGGACGUCGGAGAAAUUGGGAAACCGUA